GUACCGCUCCGAAAUGCCCCGUUAUGGCACCGGCCUGUCCCCCUGCCGGCAAACAAGCCGCCGUGCCCCGCCGUUCCCUCCGCUCCCUUGGGUGGCAGAAUGGCACGCUGAGCCCCCCCCCCAACCUGCAGCUCUGCGGGGCUCCGAUGGCCCUGGUGGUUUCUGUGCUGUGACGCCGAGCAUCGGGCUGCUCUGCCAGCUCGGCCCCGCCGUGCUGCAGGACGAGCUGCUCCGGCUCACCCUGCCAAACGUCAGCUUAUCUCACCCCCGGAGAGAUGCAUCUUUAUGGCUCUGCAUCUUUAUUUCCAUGUAUAUUCGCUGCAGCUGUGUUGAUGGGAGCUGAAGCACAAACAGGUUAUCCCGUGGGUGAGGUGUGCAUACAGAGCCCCUGGGAGCUGCCGGUGUUUGGGGUGUUGGAAGGGGAAUCUGGUCCUUUUGGCAGUGGCCAGCUUUGUGUUUCCUUGGGGCCGUGGAGCUGUUUGGUGCUCUGGGAAAAUGGGGUGGAAGUGCCUGGAAGUGGGGCUGCCGCCGUGGGGAGGCAGCCUCAGGAUCCCAACAGCUGCAGCAGGCACAGAUCAGCUGCGCUGUGUUAAUGGUGUGAUCUCCGCAGGGAGAGGUCCUGGAGCCCCAUGUGCUCCCACAACAGGAUGGAGACGGGCUGAUCCCAGGGAACUGAAGGGGAUUAAAAUUCUUGUGUAUUUCAGGGAGCUGUGAUCCCUUCUCCAAGGCAGGGGCCUCUUGUGGGGUCACUGGGGCGGGCGGUGCCAGUAUUUGCUGGGAUGGCUGUUUGCAGCCCCAUGAGCAGCAAAAAGCUCCGAACAGGCAGGGCUGAACGGCAGGGACAUCAGCCGUCCUUUGGAGCAGGGCUGAACGGUGACAAUUUGGAGAAAGCCCCGGGUUGAGGGGCUCCAAAAGCUCGAGGGCACUCCAUGUGGUGGCACUCGGUUCCUUCUGGAGGGACAGCAGCUCCGUGUGAGAAGCAGCUUCCCAGCUCUGUGCUGAGAGCAUCCCGCAUCCCUCCGUAGGGAAGGGUGAUGUGGGACCGCCUGGAGGCAGAGAGGAGGGCAGAGGGGAUGGGAGCAGAGGAGACGGACCUGUUGGGGCUGCCCGGCUUCUUAGCAUGGGAGGCGCGUAUGGCUGUCACAGUCUGCAGCUAAUUACAGGGACCUGUCUGCAGCCCAGACGGCUGCCAGCCAUCGUAAUCACAUCAAACUGGGAUGGGCUGGGCUCUUUUGCACGGCCCCAUUGAUUCACAGCCCUGUCCCCAGCCUUACCCCAGCGGGCUCCUGCUGGCCAGCCUUGCAUGGGUAGGGCCCAGUUUGCUGCGUCCGUGGGGCACCCUGGGGAUCCAACAACAGCAGAUCAGCCGUGCAGUUUGGGAUCUUAGCAAACAGAGCAAAGCUUGGGAAUGCCAUCUAUGUCCCAUGGGAGGGAUGCAUUACCCACAGGGAUUGAAGGCAGCAGCAGGGUUGGCACCCCGCACCCACGGGUGUUUCAAUUCAGCACCCCAGGGUCACAGCAGCUCCAUCCCAGCCGUGGAGCUGCGGCUGUUUGCUGAUCCAACACCACUGGUGGUCCUUCAUCAAGCUGGCACCUCUGUGGUCUGCGAAUGCACAGAACUGGGUCAGGUGUGUUCCUCCAAGCAGCAAUCUGUAGCCAUUCUCAGCAUGCAGCCGGCCUGCCUGAAUGCUGGCAAGGACAUGCAGAGCCCAGGGAGUAAGCCGCCCUUCUGCUUUAUCCCAUUGACUGCCAAUCUGCCGCGUUAAUCAUUGACCCCGGUGCACGGCUGGGAGUCCUGAGCUCAGAGCCGUGCACGUACAUCCUGGUGCCCUGGGAUGCUCUGCUGCUGGGGCAGAGCUGCGGGAAGGCCUGGAGCCUCCGAGGGCUGAGGUUACCGACCUCCGUGCCCACAGCUCUCCGCCCUUUCCUGGGGAGCCAUUUUGAGGGGGGUGUCAGCCCUCGGGCAGCUCUUGGGCGGUGCGAGCACAGUGCAGAGGUUCCCACAGCGAAAGCCCCGGGCUGCUGUGCGGGGAGCCCCAGGAGCCGCCGCAUCGCUUUGUUUUGAAAAGCCGAGGCAGGAAGGAAGAGAGCGGUGACAAACGCUGCGUGGGGAAGGGACGGGACGGGUUCGCACCGCAGAGCCCUGAGCCAGGCACGCCGGGCGAGCAGGAACAGCGGCUCGGGGCAGAACAAUAGCAGCCCGGGGGGAAUAAAUUAUUUUCCACCGAAUUGGGCGAGACCUCGGUCUCCUCCCACUGCUCCGCUCAGGGACAGGCCACUAACCCCGGACUCAGCCGUGCUGGGAAAGGGCUGGCGGCAGCUGCGGGACAUCUCCCACUGUGGAUGAGCAAACAUCAAAGUGCGGCUCUCCCGGAGCUGCCCCAGGCUCAUGUCCCGGCCGAGUCCCGCAUGGCCGCAGCGAGACGAACCCCCCCCGUGCGGCACCGCCACCGCGCUCCCCCCGGCCUCGUCCGACAGCGACUCCGGCUGUGCCCUGGAAGAAUACCCGGAGCCCCCCGCAGAGCCCGCGGCCCCCGAGGUCCCCGCCGGCUUCGAGAGCCGCCCCACGGAUCAACCCCGUCCUGCCGGCCGGAGCCUGCUCCGUGUCAGAGCCCUCCUGCAGCAGCUGCCGCCUCAAGACUGCGAUGAGCGGUACUGCCCCGACCUCGAGGAGGAGGAGAGGAAGCAGCUCAGGGCGUUCAGCGCCCGCCGCCGACGGGACGCGCUGGGCCAGGGGGUGGCGGUGCCGGUGCCGGGCUCCCGCCACGGCUGUCCGUGCAGGAAGUGCGGCAGGAGGCUGAGCAAAGGAGACCCCGGGAUUGCGGCGUCGCGGCUGGGAGAGCAGCUCUGGCACCCGCCCUGCUUCUGCUGCCACGUCUGCCACCAGCCCCUGGUGGACCUCAUCUACUUCCAGCAGGAUGGAAGGAUCUACUGCGGUCGGCACCACGCCGAGCUCUUUCGGCCUCGCUGUGCCUCCUGCGACCAGCUGAUCUUCUUGGAAGAGUGCAUCGAGGCUGAGGGCCGGCGCUGGCACCCGGAGCAUUUCUGCUGCCUGGAGUGCGACGCACCGCUGUGCGGGCAGCGCUACGUGAUGCGGAGCGGCCAGCCCUGCUGCCGCAGCUGCUUCGACAGCCUCUUUGCCGAGCCGUGCCAGGCCUGCGGGGAGCCCAUCGGUGUCGACAGCGAAGAGGCCACACACCAGGGUCUGCACUGGCACGCCUGUGCUGCCUGCUUCUGCUGCAGUCUCUGCCGAAAGCCGCUGCGUGGGCAGCCCCUCACCGCCCGCUGCGGGCGGCUCUUCUGCUCCGAGAGCUGCAGUCUGGGCCGGGAUGCGUCCUCUGCUGCCUCCACCACCUCCGAUUCCUCUGACUCGGCCUUUGUCUCGGCACCGUCCCCUGACUCGACGCCCGUCUCCAGAGCCAGCCACGCCACCAGGGCUGGGAGCACCGCGGCAGCUGGGGGCUGCAGACAGCGGGUGGAAGGGGCUGAGGUGCUACCAGAUCAGGCCUCUACACAUCCUGCGUUCAGGAGCCCAGAGGACCACGGAGCAGCUGUGGAGAGGAGCAAGGAUUCUGUGUGCACAGGGAUGCUGGGAGCAUCAACCAGCCACCCCUCCAACGUUCAGCCCUGCACAGAGGGUCACUGCAGGCUUCUGGGAGGUCCUGAAUGCCGAAUACUGCCAGGGGAUGGAAACCCACACUUCCAAGUGGGUCGGCCCCCUGCCCAACCCGGCCUACAUCUGGAGGACAUUGACCCACAGGAUAUCAUGGAAGAGGACGAUUCCUGGUGUCCCACCUGCUCUUCAUCCUCAGACUCUGACUCGGAAGAGGAAGGUUUCUUCUUUGGGAAACCCAUCCCCAAGCCCGGGAUGAGCUCUGUGGGCAGGGAGCCCCAGCGCCUGGAGCGGGCAGGGCGCAGGAUGGCGAAGCUGCGUGGCAGCAGCAAGCACUGCAGCGUGUCCUAGCGCAGGGACGCUCGGUACGCAGGGGGCCCCAGGCGCUGCAGAGGCUGCUGGGAAGGUGGCACUUUGCGUGGUAUUGAAGCAGAGGGGCAGCGGCUGGGGGCCAAAUGCACAGGUGGGGGGGGAGAGGGGGAGAGCACCUUGUAUGGCGCUGCCAUCCUGCCAGCACUUGCAGUGGUCUCAAUGCAUUGCAAAGACUUUUUAGACACAGCCCAAGGCGGAGGUGGCGGGGGGGAGGGAGAAGCUGCUGGGAUCUUUGACGAGCAGAUGCUGGCAAAGCACGGCCUGCAAUGCCUGCUGGCCUCUCCCUCAAUUAGGAACAGGUAAAGCGAGCAGGGAGCAGAGAACCAGCAGCCCGCACUGGGGUAUGGUCUGACUGCUGUCUCAGGCAAACCCAAGGCCCCAGAGAGCAGCUGUGCUCUGGGAGGGCAGCCAAGGACUUAGGACACGGGCAGACACCUGCAUGGCACCUGCUGCAGGGAUUCCUGCCCAGACUGGCCAGGAGAGAUCUGGCCACUAGGGUCAGAUCCAGAUGCCAGGUGAGAAUCCCUCACUCAUAGAGAUAGCUUGGAGGAGCAGAGCUGAUGCUGCCCCGCAUGGGGCUGUGUCCCCUGCUGCUGCAGGGAGGAGACCAGCGGGGCAGAUCUGCCACCAUGAUGGACGAUGCUCCAACAAAGCUCAGCCAAGGCCUGAAUACACAAGAGCCAGCCACACCUGGCCUGUUUCUCUCCAGCCUGGGUUUGCAGCAGCAUUAACUGUGGUGCUGGAGAACCGUUUUUGAGGGCAGCUGAGGGGCCCCAGGGAAGGACCGAGCUGGGGUGUCACCGUGGGACCCCUCCCUGUGCCCACUGCCCCAGCAGAACAGGAACGGAGCAACAGCAGUGCAAAAAUAACUCCUUUUUAUUUAUGAACACAAGAACAAACCACAAAUUGUAAGAGAACAUCCAUGAAAAACAAGAACAGAAUAAAGAGAGCUCCCCCCUCCCUCCAAUAAAACCAUCUCCUGUCUCUAAAA